AUGUCAAACACAAAAUGUUGGGCGAGAGGCGAGGGUGAUGACAUAAAGAGGGUACAGGAUCCAUAAAUAGAACAACUUUAGGGUAAAUCCCUUUUGCUACAAAAUAACGACUGCACACCUAUCAAUAAAUUGGCAUUAUUAUGCACACACACACACAGACGAGAGAGAGAGACUCCAUCGCCUCUGUCCAUCAAAUACCAAAACUUGAAAUCCUGAAGCACAACUCUCUACAGCAUGCCUCUCUCUCUUCCAAUCUGUUUUUCUUCUGCUCCGAACAAUGACAGAAUCUGAUGCCGGGCAGACGACGUCGGGCUAAGGUGUGGAAGACGCCAGGUAAGUGGACUGUAUCAAGGUGCAGACAGGAGGCCUCAUACAGGUGGGCUGGGCAGGGAACAAGUGUACCGUGUUCCUCCGACGCCGGAGGCGAGCGGCAACGAUAUCUGUCAUCGGCCAGUGAGUGCGUCCCGAUGAGUUUACAUUUAAAACUGCAAAACACGCGCACGGAGUCUCCAAAAGAAACCCCAGCACCUCGACUAGGGUCAGGCAGCGGCGCACUGAGGCCGGCAACCACUGAUGGCAUGCAAGCCGCCCCUCCCCCCUUCAUCUCCAUCUCACACACAAGAACCUGAAAGGUCGUUGAUGACUGGUGCUGCUUCCUCUACGAUGUCUGUGAAACAAAGGCCAACAUUAUAAAGACAACAAAGUCAGCGACACGGCUGCAGGGUCACCAUCCAUACCUGGUGACAUACUGGUAGUACUGCUUUCUGCACUUUACCAGUCUUUUAUUUUCCUUCGCAAAUUGCGGUCAUCUGUUUUCUUUCUUUCUUUUUUCUUUUUUUUUUUUUUUUGAGUGAUCUGCGAAGCCUUUGUGUAGCUGUAUACCAAUGAAGUACGUUGUAGAAAUAGGGGCUUUUAAAAUACUUUGCUUUUACAAUACAUUGAUGGUGAAAUCAGGGAAAGAAAGAAAGUGUGACGAAAGAGGGAAGAGGAAAAGACAGGGAAAGAUAAAACGGUAAAUGAAAAGAAAGAAUGAGAGAGAGGCAGAUAUGGAGAGACUGAUUUAGUGAUCAAUUUACUCAAGAUCAUUGUCAUACAGAAUGUAAUAAAACACAUAAGAUAAAAACACGGUCAGUUUCUCUGUCAAAUUACAGUAUCGAACAAAAGAGUGAGAGAGAGAGAGGGUGGAAGAACGGAGAGAGAAAACAGACAUAAAGGUGAAAACUCUGAAGCAGAGAUGGAAGAAGACAUGGAGGGCGAGGUGAAGAGACGGCUUGAGAGAGUGAGGUGGCAGUGGGGUGGAGAGAGACAGACUUGCACCCAUGUAGGCCUGCGUACCAUUGCGUGAUGAUGCGCUCACGUGCGGUCAGCGCGGAGGGCGAGCGCCUAGGCGAGGGAGCGCGCGGGAGGCAGGCAGUGGAUGCUUUCGGGCUGCUGCUCGUGGGUCUGAGUGGCUGGCAGCAAAACAAAACCCCGCCCCCAGACCUGGGGCUCGCAGUUUUAAAUACAGCAGCUCUCGCCUGCGUUUCAUCCAGUCUCUCUAUUGUCCUCGUCACCCACUGUCUCGUGAGCCGCUUUUGUCCUUAGCUACAUAGAGCAUAUACAGAGCGACAGCAACAUCCUUGAUUCUCCUGGUGAUGUUCGAAAAUUAAGAUCUUGCCUUCGCCUUUGUGUUCAAAGUUUAGAAGGAAUAUCUGAAACGAAAUUACCUAAAGAGUCCAGCUUUUUGGCACAGGACAAAUAUUAGGACCCUUUAGCGUCCAGAAAUCUCCUUCAACAGUCAUCGAGAGUUGUGUCCUAAGGAUAGUGCUAUGACCGCUGUCUGCAUGGAGUUCUAGUAGGACAAGUUGGGAAAAAGUGAAGACGUUUUUUGGCAACAAGCGAUCGCUCCAUCAGUUAUCCGAAGUGUCUCCGCAAGACAGCAUAAUGACCACAAGCGCCAUCUACGAGGUCCUCACCAGCACCCUGACCUCCUCUCUGGCCCCAGGUCCUGGCUACGCCGACGACAUGGUCAGCAGUGUGGCCUUGCCGACGACCACCAUGGCUGCUUCAGGACCAGUGGCGGCGUCCGCGGGGGCUCUGUCUCCUCCCCCGCAAUACCUGCUGCAGACGCAGUUUGUGUGUGACCGUGUGCUCGUCCCACUGGUCGUCACCCUGGGUAUCCUAGGCAACCUGCUGAGCUUGGUGGUGCUGACACGCAAGGAGAUGUCGUCACCCACCAACUGCUUCCUGACGGCGCUGGCUAUCUCGGACGUGUCCCUGCUGUGUCUGCGGAUCCCCAUGUUCUUUGGUUUCAACGACAACGUGGCAAAGUCCAACAGCUUCAUGCUCUUCGUGAGGUACUACACCGUCAUAUUGUACGUGAUGGUCAACGUCUUCCUGACAUGCACGGGCUGGCUGACGGUGGCCGUCACGGUGGAGCGCUUCCUGUCCCUGCGCUUCAUGAUGCACCCGCGGAUCCUCUGCUCCACGUCACGGGCCAAGCGCGCCAUCAUCGCUAUAUUCCUCGCCUCAUUUCUCUUCCACUUCUCCAAGUUCUUCGAGUAUGUGCCCAACCUCAACCUCAGCAAGCCCGACCCUUUGCUGCCCACGGAGCUGAGCAAGAAUGCCCAUUACGACAAGGCCAUGCACUUCAUCAACAUCUCGCUAGCCGCCCUCGUGCCCAUCGUCGCUCUCGUCAUCUUCAACACCUUCCUCAUCUACUUCCUGGCCACGCACCGCCGUCGUAUGCUGAAGCACAAAUCGGUCAGCGCUUCGGGCGCCACCGUGGGCGGCACGACCAGCGUAGACAUGCUGCACGUCAGCGGCGUGGUGGUAGCCGUGGUGUUAGUCUUUGUGGUCUGCCACUCGCUGGGUGUCUUCCUGGCAAUCAACAUCGCCAUGCACGGCCGCCACAAGAUCUUCUCCGACUACCUCUUCUUGACCUUUAAGCACGUCAACGGUUUGCUCAUAGUGGUCAACUCCAGCAUCAACUUCAUCCUCUACUACAGCAUCAGCCGCAAGUUCCGCAAGAUGUUCGGGUCUGUCUUCUGCCAGCGCCUUCUGUCCGGCAAGAACAGCUCCUGGUCCGUACCCAUGCCGCUCAGCGAGAACAGCAUGGCCACCGCCGUCAGCGUCCGCACCGCCAACACCAACGGCUACACCCGCGCCAACGGCGACCACGCCAAGGGCAGUGAGACCUUCGCGCUACAUCCGUCGGCCUCUACCACCUCCUCACGCAGGUCGGACAACGUGGAGUUGUGAUCUGUCAAGAAGGCAGAUUCCCUGCCGCCUCCUUUUUUGCCAAGCGUCGCGCCAGUGCCGACUGCGGCAUCGCGUGCAGAUGGCCUGCAGCUGCUGCGCCAAGCGCCUAAGCCAAGAUACUUUUAAAUUGCGCGGCAAAGCGAAACUGUCGCACUCCACAAGACUUGAAAAAAAAAAAAGAAAAAAAGGGGUUUAUGACAGGAACAAUAACCAAAUAUUUAGAAAUAUAUUCGUGCAUCCUUAUAAAAAUCAACGUCAGCUGCGUUGCCAAGGGUUAGCAAGAAAGACGAGAAGACUGUAAUCUCUAUUUGGCUCUGUACGGGAGAAAAUAAGGCCCUGUGUAUGGACUGCCACGUUGUGGUGCAAAUACCAGGGGAGGAAACAGGUGCUCCAAAAGACAGUACUGACAAUGAGAUGAGAUGGCUGACAGGGGAGACAACCAACAUAUUACAACGAAGUAGGGGGUGGGUGGUAGUCUGCUGGUGCUGUAUAACGAAUAUAUUAGCUAAACUAGUCCAUCCUUCUGUGAGAAACAUUACGUGCUGGGGGCGAGCUCUGAACAGGGGGGGGGGGGAAUUGGUGUUUUACGCCGUGCCAGCAACUAAGGCUAUAUUACGGCAAGGCAGCCAGCCCUGUAAACAGAUGCCACGUGCAGAGAAAGAACAGCGUGCCCGAGACGAGAAAUGAACUCGGGGCAGCCAACCUUCACUGUAUUGGUGACAGGCGCUAACCGUUGCGCCACCGGGCCCUCUGAACAGCGGCCUUGUUGCUUGACUGCUGGGCCAGGGAACCACCACCUUGCAACCUCACAACCUUGCUUAAGACCCGUUGGUGAAAACAUUUUAUCAAGCGAGCUACGCAGUAGAAGUAAUCCUAUAUGACCCGCAGUCGUCAAAGCACUGACGUCAAAGAUCUGCUGGUAAAUGAAGUUCGUUCAACUGAUACCACACGCAGGACAAGAGGCUCUUCACAGCCUCCUCCUUCCCUCCCAGUGACCGCACUCUAAAACAUAUUUCAGUAAUAAUAACAAACGAUUUAGGCAGUGGUACCAUGGCGGUCUUUGUACGGAAAAUGAGGGCAGUUGUCAAAUUUUUCAAGUUCCCCUUUGACUGGUAACCCCUUGCAGCGGAUAUUACUAGUAUAAAGCAAAUUUGUUACAUAUUAGUAAUGUCUGGACAAGGAUUCUUCAGACGACAGGGACACCCUGUAGUUGUUAUCUGGGGCUCUCAACCUACUCUAGAAUGUUUCGAAAGAGAAAACGAACACAGGGCAAAAGGAUGAAAGACUAUCGUUUCUAGCUAUAAAUAAUUUACAUUUGAACCCACAUCACACCAACCUACUCGUCGCAAACGCACAGACAAACACGCAGCUACACAGGCACACACCUUCUCUCAUUCUCUCUCUUAUCCGUCACCGCGAUAGAGAGCAAGACAUCUGACUUGUUUCAUUUUCAGUCUUUCACGCAGGCUCUCUGGCCUUCUGCAGUUAAACUGCCAUUUAAUGGUCGCUGACUGCGGAAUAUAUUCAGCCACGUAGCCAUUAUCAGACAGGCCAGUCAUUAUGUCACUCUCCACUACUUCAUCAGAUGAUUUUUUAAAAAAGGUUUUCUAGGUUUGCUAUCUUAACAAUGCUCGUAUUUAAAACUGUAAUCAGUUGGCAUGAAUAUCGCAUUAGUUGGCUACAAUCAAUGUUGUCUAUAGCCACUGAGUGCUACUUUAUUAUGUUCUUCACAGUUAUAUCAAGUCUUGAAAAUAUGGCUGUAGAACUUAACUAACUUGAAACUAGAGCUUAACAAAUACCACGCACUGAUAAAAAAUAUUUCAAAAAGGUGAUAAAGACAAACUGAAAAAAAUUGUAAAGCAGACAGCAAGGAAGGCAUGCAAAGGUGAGUUUGAGUAUGGGGCGGGACAGAAAGAAGGCCAAUAGCAAAAUGAUUUCUGAAACCUCAGAAAAACACAUCUGAUUCAUCUAAGACGACAGUGCCACGAAAAGGGGAAACGGUUUACAGUGCAAACUAAAUGUAUUUUUCUGGUUAGCCCUCGUAAGAUAUCGUCGACUAAAUAUCAUUUAUUUAUUAUGUUUAUCGCUUCAGUUUUGGAUAACACGAAACGUUUUCGCGGCGGCACAGCAAUAAACACGUUUAUCACUGGGUGGACAAAAGAUUCACAGACACAGAAGUGGUUUUAGACAUUCAUUUCAUUUUAGAAAUUCAUAGCCCCUGUUGACAUUUGUAGAUGAGUGUUAAACGUAACACACGCCAACUGUGUCAGGAAAGGAGUGGGUGUAAAUCAAGGGUGCCCUUGUUGCACAAAGUCCAAAGAUCAAUGCUACCCUCUUUGUUCUUCACUGUCGGGUAGUAGGCUAGAGAGCAGUGUGAGGUGAGGGGAAGGAGGAAGAAACUAGUGCUAGCUGAUCAAUUUACAGAAGGCACAAGAAAAAUAGUUCAGCAGCACUUCAGACAUUUAUAGACGCUAUCACAGAUGUCUGAAUCCUGGAAUGCUGGACCGUGCCUUAUUUAUAAAUAUACCGAUGCAAAUAGCACUCCCCUGCGAACAGUUAAGUAAACCCUUCCCGAAAUGUUAAAAUUUUUCACCAAAUGUCAAAAUAAAGAUAUGGUGACCCCUUCCAUGGGCGGAUAACAAAUAUAGGAAAAGUGUUUGUCAAGACGGUGGCAGACUUAGCCAAGAGGUUUCUAUUUCUCCCUGGAACCAACUUGAUAAGAACAGGAACGGACAUGAAAGUGGGCUGAGAUGAAUGUCGAACUGAAUACACUUAUUCACACAGGAACGCUGUUUUAUGAGAAGAUAACACGCGUCGUAACCACACGCUGUAGGAAAAAAAAAAAUCAUCGACGACACUAAAAGCAGCAGCAGCAGCAAAGUCGAUGAUAAAGGGCUUCCCUUCUCGCUAAUAUUUUGAGGUAGCACCUGUUUCAUUUCUCUUCAGCACCUGUUAGUCAGGAGCCUAAGUGUAUCCAAAUAGUGACUAAAGACGAGAGCAGCCAAAGACAAUCAUGGUGAACUAUAGGUGCCUCUACGCCGGCAGGCGGACAUCUCCUUGGCGGAGACCGGUGAUUUUUUUGUGUGCGCUGAGUGCAUGAAAGCACAAGGCCAAUCAAGCUUGUAAAAGUCUCUGAUUCGGAAUCUCUGCCCAUCCUAUGAAACGACAUAGACACCCUCCUUUGGUUACGGGCCAGACAGCUGUUAUGUGUCUGUAUAAAAAGUGUUGUACAUAUGAACUCGAACUGUGAAGUCAAACAGAUUUCCACACCAAGCCACGGAAACAACAGAAAACGAUGUAAAGAGUUGUAGGGAAUUGUAAAAUCAUUUGUACAGAACGAAUUGAGUCAAACUGCGCACACUUCUAGAGAAAUGUAAUUACAUACACUGACAUGCACGCCUUGCAGAUCGAAGCUAUGACCACACUCUGUACCUUAAUCGCUGGUUGGUGUCUCCUGUAUCUGGGCUUUAGGUUGGAGAGGGAAAAUAUUUCUGAACGAGGAAUAUGCUGUAAAUAUCCUUCAUCCCGUGCCAACAUGUCAAUAAUAUAAACUUUGUAUGUUCUGUAGAUGUGAAACAACUUUUACACUGUACGUUAUAGCAAAGCUAUCCUUGUAUCACAUAACGAUCGUUACAAAUGUCCGCUCUUUAAAAAUCGCCUGUCCAAACUGUGUGUCCAUGUGUUUGACCAUUUUUUUUACGGGUUGAUAUUAGACACUGUGGACCGCCCUUUGCACAAGACAGCAGUCGUCUGCACGUUCCACUGCACUCAAAAAUCAAGGAAACAAAGACCUCAUUCUUUCUCUCAGCAAUCCUCGAACUCCACCUUCACCCUCACCGUAUCAUCUAAAACAUUUUUCGUCGGGUCUUUAAAUUUCGUCGAAUGUGAUCUGAUCAAAACUGGUUAGAGGCAGCAGAAUAAACACGACAAAUAAAGACCACUGCAACUUUUUACAUUCAUUGACGUAUCGAACCUCCCUGUGCAAAUCAAAGAGCAAACACUGGGCGUUAGUUAAAGAGUGGUACAAUCUCAAAAAGGCCCAGAGUGCAUUAUUUGUACAUAGAUCAAGAUGUAUACAAUAAAUAAAACUAUUUCAAAGUA